AUGGACGCAUCACUCCAUCUUGGCAGCACCGCACUCAGUCCUCCAGCUGCCGGUCGAGCCCAGCAAGUCCGACGCCUGCUGUCUGACGUCGCCGCCUCCUCCUCCUCUUCCGCCGCCGCCUCACAACUGGAAGCAGGGCGACCCCGUGGAUUCACUCAACUGGAAUGUAAAUACGGACGUGAAGCUCCUCCUCUCUGCAAGCGGCAAAGCGAGCCAGCAGCAUUGGCGCCUAACGACGUCAUCUCAUGGCGUUGGAAGAUAGAACAAUCUUCUUGUCUUGACGGCAGCAGCAGCACCUUCGCGCCGCCAGCAGUGUUUCGAGGACAAGAGCAGCAAAAUGAACAUCCUGUGAUACCAGGCUGCUCACCGGGGCCCCCGGGACCCAGAGGCCCCGAGGGUGACGCUGGAUUACCCGGUAUAAGAGGAGCCAAAGGCGAAAAGGGAGACAUUGGACGCCCGGGGUCAAAGGGUCGUACUGGAGCACCAGGCCUUCCAGGGAAACAAGGACUUCCAGGGUGGCCUGGGCCGGACGGACCCAAGGGUGAAAAAGGAGAGCUAGGACUCAUGGGAUUACCAGGACUGAAGGGACCACCAGGGAUGAAGGGCAUGCCUGGUUACAGAGGAGAGAAAGGGGACGCAGGAAGUCCAGGAACACCAGGAUUAAAAGGUGAUAAAGGUUCUAUUGGUCUGCCUGGGAUGCUGGGUCAGAAGGGAGAACAAGGACCAAAGGGGGAGCCAGGGGUCCCAGGCAGGCGGGGCCCCACAGGACGACCCGGGAAAAGAGGCAAACAGGGAGUCAGGGGACACACUGGAACCUCCGGACUCCUGGGCCCGCCAGGGUUGCCAGGUCCAAACGGGCCCCCGGGUCCACCUGGUCCACCAGCCGCUGGUGUCUACCUGGCAGGGGAAAAGGGUGAGAAGGGUCUCCCGGGCCCCCCUGCUGCUUGCGAGUGCGACACCUUGGUGGGAGCCAACAGUGCUCCUCUGGGGAGCGACAGGGACGAGGAGAGCCUGGAGAAAGUCCCCGCAAUAUUUGUGGUGAGCAACAAGGAGGAACUGGAGCGCCUCCAUCUGGACCACGCAAUAGCAUUCAGGAAGGAUCAGAAGGUGCUCUUCUUCAGAGACAAAGAUGGAUGGAAGCCCAUACAGCCCUUCCAGCAGUUCCAGUCCACAGAGAAAGUUCCAGACGGCGUGGGAGCGUGCGGAGACGGGAAAGUGCAGGCCCAGCACGGGGAGGAGUGCGACGAUGGAAACCACCUUGUCUCCGAUUCCUGCCUGAACUGCAGAUGGGCGUACUGUGGGGAUGGUUACCGCCAUGAAGGCAUGGAGGAGUGUGACGGGAAAGACUUUGGCUAUCAGACAUGCAAAUCUUAUCUUCCAGGGUCCUUUGGUCAGCUGACCUGCACCGAGUCCUGCCUCAUCGACUCCACCGGCUGCAAGUUCUUCACCUGAGCUCGUUGUCUUCCGUGAAACUUGUCUUUUGCUCGCUCACGGGGGACUCCUCCCCGCAAAAAAAGUGACUUGACGGACCGGUAGCAGGAAGACGAGUCUUCUCCAACCUGCUCUGUGCUGCCAGGCGAAGCGCAGGGUUCAGUUUUUGGAUCAUUAUUUGGCUGGCCUCAGGGAUCGGCUCCUUGCAGGGCAAAGGAUUGUGGGGAAACACUGUUCUCGCAGAUAUAGGCCGACUCCUUUUAUAACCACUGAGGGUACUGACACUGGAUGUUUGGAAUCUCCACAAAGCGUUUAUUGACAAAGUGUAAUGCGCAUGAGUGCAUGCGAGUGUGUGCAUUUAAUCAACUUUCAGAAGAAAUGUUUGCAACAAAAAAGUAGCAUGACAAAACACGACCACAGCACAUCAUUAAAGUUGCUCUCCUUUUCCUGCACGCAGCACAAUUGUCGGCGUCAAUACGAUACCAAUCAAAUACAGGUUAGCGAUACAGAUACCCAUUUUAUUUAACUUUUUUUUUUUUUUUUUUUUACCAUUUCCAGAUUUUGCCUUUAAUUUGUCCGACAUUUAUUAUAAUGUACACUUUGUAAAUAGCAUGGCAAUAUCAAUAAUGUAACAAUAUGAACAAUGCAGACAAAAACAGAAAUUUGUGAAACUUGACACAAAGUUACGGUGGCCAGCAAGCCCCAAAAGACAUGAAACGUCACUAAACAACACGCAGUGCAGUGGAAACACGACAGUAGUACGAAGCAUCCUAACUUCCCCGACUUAUGCUAGCCUUAAUCUGAGGAAGCAUGGCCAACUUUCUUCAGGACGUUUAUAUACUAAAUAUAAACGUCCUGAAGAAAGUAACUUUUUUUUAGAAAGAGUUACUUUUUUCCUUUUUUUUUAACUCUGCAGUAAAUGUGUACAAGAUUCUAGAGCCACUGAUUUAUUUAGCUAUUGUCCACGUCAACACGUAUGAGAUAUCGAAUGUUUUUUUUUGUUAAAUGCAAACCGUUAUCAAAAUUUGAAUACAUAUUUUACUCUCCAUAGUAAAUGUAUGGAAGAUGAGUUUCUCUAUUUAGUCGAACAAGUGAAAUAAAGUAGAAAAUGCAAUUUCAGUAGAAAUGGUGUGUGAAUGUUGAAAAGACGAACUGAAAUGCUAACAGUUACCACGCUGACUAGAUGGCGUCAAAAUACAAAACAAAUAUGACUGUUUGGGGCAAACCUGCAAAAUGACCUGAAAGAGCUGGCCUGCUUAACAGAGAGCGUGCAUCAAAAGUACCAAAACAUGGAGUUUGAGGUGUAUACCUGCUAAAGUCGCUAACCUGCUAGUGUUAGCAGGCUAGCUAUUAGCUAUUCUCGCACUAGUCUGAGGAGACAAGUAAGAGAUCUAUUUUAAAGACAUUAAUUUUAUGUAAAUUAGUAAAAAAUUAUACAGCCACUGACAUAUGUAGCUAAUGUCAGUGUCACAAUAAAUAACAUGUAUGAGAUAUUAAAUGUUUGUUUUGUUAAAUGUAAACCAUUAUCAAAAUUUGAAUACGUUCCUAACAUAUUGCACUUUUUGUUGUAAAUGAAUGGAAAAUUAGUUUCUCUAUUUAGUUGAACGAGUGAAAUAAAGUAGAAAAUGGCAAUUUUGGUAGAAACUAAAAUGCUAACAGUUAGCACGCCGGCUUGAUAGCGUCAAAUAACAAACAAAAUACGACUGUUAGGCACAAACCUGCAAAAUGACCUAAAAGAGCUAGCAUGUUAACACAUAGCGUGCAUCAAAGGACCAAAAUAUUAGAUUGGAAAUGUAUACCUGCUAAAAAAGCUAGCAUGCUAGCAAUUGACUUACAAUAGUACGAAAAUAAAUUAAACAUUAGAUUGGUUAAGAAAUGUGUAAGUAGUGAUACUUUUUAAUAGAGAAUAAUUGUUACGGAAAAGUGAGAAAUGGGGCAUAAAAAAUAGCUAACCUGAAUAUCCUGAAUUACCGCAUUUUUCUGAGUAUAAAUCGCUUCGGAGUAUAAGUCGCACCGGCCGAAAAUGCAUAAUAAAGAAGGGAACAAAAACAUAUAUCAGUCGCACUGGAGUAUAAGUCGCAUUUUUGGGGGAAAUGUAUUUGAUAAAAUCCAACACCAAGAAUAGACAUUUGAAAGGCAAUUUAAAAUAAAUAAAGAAUAGUGAACAACAGGCUGAAUAAGUGUACGUUAUUUGACGCAUAAAUAACCAACUGAGAACGUGCCUGGUAUGUUAACAUAACAUAUUAUGGUAAGAGUCAUUCAAAUAACUGUAACAUAUAGAACAUGCUAUACGUUUACCAAACAAUCUGUCACUCCUAAUUGCUAGAUCCGAUGAAAUCUUAUACGUCUAGUCUCUUAUGUGAAUGAGCUAAAUAAUAUUAUUUGAUAUUUUACGGUAAUGUGUUAAUCAUUUCACACAUAAGU